ACUGUUUUACCGACAGAACGUGACACAACUCCCACGUAAAUACGAACGUGAAAAUCAAUAAUUUUUCCAGACGAUAUUGAAUAUUUUCUUUGGUGAUUUGUGUUAUCAUUUGAGUUCGGUUUUGUUGUGUUGUGUGCAAGUUAUGUACCAAAGAGGCGAUUCCUUUACUGAUCCCAGGGUUUACCCGCAACGCACUAUGUCCAUGUUUGAAGAUAGAAUCGAUACCAAUCCUGGAAAUCUUAAAACUACUUUGGUAUCCAUAAACGAAAGUGCCCUCAUUAAUAUGGAAGAAAAUGACAAGAUUGAAUCUGAUGCUAUUCUCGUUGAAAAAAUACAGGAAGUACUCGAAAACCCAGACUGUAUUUUCAACGAUUUGAGACGGGAGAGAUACAUGAUACAGCAUCAGAAUCUGAUGGGUAUGACAGUGACGUCAGGAAACGUAGUGCUGAACAAAGAUGAGAAAAAUCUCAUAGGGAUCAGCAUUGGAGGGGGAGCGCCUCUAUGUCCUUGCCUAUACAUCGUACAGAUAUUUGACAAUACACCGGCGGCCAAAGAUGGAACACUUCAGAGUGGAGACGAGCUUGUGGGUGUUAAUGGACAAACUGUAAAGGGAAAGACCAAAGUCGAAGUUGCUAAGAUGAUACAAGCAGCUAAGGACACAGUGACAAUUAACUACAACAAACUUCAUGCGGACCCAAAACAAGGAAAAUCGUUAGACAUCAUAAUGAAGAAGAUGAAACAUAGACUGGUAGAGAACAUGUCAACAGGCACUGCGGAUGCCCUGGGCCUAUCUAGAGCUAUCUUAUGCAAUGACACAUUAGUCGCGAAAUUAAACGAAAUGAGAGAAACUGAGAAUACGUAUAAAAGAUUGGUGGAACACGCGAAAAGAAUGCUCAAGUCAUAUUUCGACCUUCUCCAAACCUAUAAGUCCCUGGGCGAUAUAUUCGCGGCUAUCGGUGUGAGGGAGCCCCAAGCAAGAGCAUCUGAAGCGUUCACCAGAUUUGGACAAUACCACAGAUUGCUGGAGCGGGAUGGAAUCAAAAUGUUGAAGACCCUCAAACCAAUUUUAGCGGAUAUGGGCACAUAUCUUCACAAAGCAAUACCAGACACGAAACUAACGAUCCGGAAAUACGCCGAUACAAAGUUCGAAUAUCUGUCCUAUUGUCUCAAAGUUAAAGAGAUGGAUGACGAGGAGUAUGGCUACAACGCGUUGCAAGAACCCUUGUAUAGAGUUGAAACUGGGAAUUAUGAAUACAGGUUAAUUUUGCGUUGCCGACAAGAAGCUAGAAACAGAUUUGCUAGACUAAGGUCAGAUGUUUUAGUGAAGUUAGAAUUGUUGGACAAUAAAAAGACGCAAGACGUCGCUUAUCAACUACGAAGAUUCAUACAGGGAUUGGCUGUUUAUCUCAACGAGACGGUAGAACAUCUAAAAGAGAACUCUUCCCUUUUCCCUGUUGAAGUUGAUCUUUCACAAAACGCGUUCCAGUAUAAAUCUACAGAACAGAUUAUACAGGACAGUCAAGAUGAUGACGAAGAUAUAGAAUUUGCCAAAGAAAUACAAGAAUACCACGAUUUAUCGGACGAAGAAAGCAAAGAAACCAAGGGCACCAACCGACGACAAACUAAAGACAAAGAUGAAACAGACUCAUCAGAACAAUUGCUGCCGGGACUGACAGCUCUAGCUCUUGACAGUGACAGCAACCUCAAUGUCAGAAGUGACAGUGACAACUUGACACUGUUGACGGAAUUAGGACUAGUCGACACUCGUGCGGAUGAUUUUGGAGAUUUCCAGAAUGGACUUUUAGACGAAUUUCUUCCAAAAAACAAUUCCGAUAUGACUGACGAUGUUUUUGAUAAGUUACUUAAUGAUUUGAGCGUUGGAAAUUGACGAAAAAUUAAAUAGUUUCAUAAGAAAAUUAUCCUUCUCUUAAUUAAAAAAAAAAAGAAAAUAGGUACCUAUAGGUUAUGUUAUUAUGUUAUACCUACCUACUUCAGACCUUUACAGUAUUUUCACUUAUAAUGUUCAUGUUAUAUCUUAUUAAAUAUUGUAAUCUAAAUAUUUUCAAAUAAAAUACUUUCUAUUUUA